UUUGGAGGGAUUGACUCACCAUUUUUCUUAUCCUCAAAAAUCUCUACGAAAAGAGAGGCAUAUGAAACAGAAUUUCAUCUGCAGCAGCAGUAGCAGAACUCUCUUGAGGCAGUGAAGGUAGAAUCCCAAAAGGAAAGGAAAACUGUCAAAAGCAGUGAAUUAAACAGAGAAAUGUUACAGAACACAAAAUUCUUACAAUCCUCCCCACCAUUACUUCACCCUCCAACUGCACCAGCUCCCCUUCCACAACUCCCUACCAUUCCUGCUUCCCCUUCUUCCCCCAUUCUGAGACAGUUCAAAUUAUCCAGGCGAGAGCUUGCAAUUUCUGGCAACUCUUCGCUGCUUCUCCUGUUAGGUUCCCAGGCCCUGGAACAACUCUAUCCAUCCAAGGCAGAGGCUGAAGAAACUCCAACAGAAGACAAUCAACAGGAGCAGAAUGUUAACACUCCUAGUCUUGAUUGCAGCAAGAAAGUUGCUACCAAACGAGCUUUUCUUGAUAUAGCCAUUGAUGGAGAGCCUGUUGGUCGCAUUGUUAUUGGACUAUAUGGGGAUGACGUUCCAGCUGGGGCUGGCUGGUUUAGCAGUAUAGUUAGUGGAGCUGCUGGAAUUAGCUACAGAAGGAAAGAGUUCAUUAAGAUCAUGCCGAACUACGUGCAACAUGGUGGGUUGAGAUCUUUCGGUGUUGAUGCUGAGCGUGCGAAGAGAACUGGAAGCAGUCUGGGUAUUGAAAAUCUGAGGGAGGAGUGGGAGAGAGUGUAUGACAAGUGUCCAGGAGCAAAGAACUUGGCUGGAUCAGUGAGCAUCAUCGUCAGGGAUCCCUCUAAACCGCCUCCGAAACUGAAGCUGGUUGCUCGAAAGGGGAAGCUGGAGAUUGAUCAGGAAGAGAUUGGAACAGAGCCGAAUGGUACAGAGUUUGUGAUUGCUAUCAAGGAUUCACCAGAACUGGAUGCUUCAGCUCUCGUGGUUGGCGAAGUCUUGGAAGGAAUGGAGGUUGCAAAGAGAAUUGGACAGGUCAAGACUGUGCAAGAGAACACCGGUUCUCCCUAUUUCAGGGUGGCCAAGCUAAUAGGCGACAAAAGAGCAGUCGUGGCAGAAAGAGGCUUCAAUCGCCCCUACUCGAAGGUGCUCAUCACAAAUUGUGGUUUGAUGGACUGAACCAUAUCCCAUUUGCAUACUGCUCAUAUCCUUUCAAUUUUGAGAGAAGAGUGACCUGUUCUAUGCGAUAAACUAAGUAUUUCUACUUCUCAA